AUGGAGAGCGCAACCCCUCCCACAGCAGCCGCAGGUAGGGAAGACGGACAUGGCAGCGUUGUUGCAGCUCCUUGGUGUUGGAAAACCACUCGGAUGGAAUCAAUGAAGUCUACCUGGCGUACUCAAAACCGGUCUGGCUGGACGCUGUACCACUGGUUCUACGAAUUGCUCAAUAUUCACUCCACCGAGCUCGGCAGGCCUGUGCCUGUGCACAGUAAACAAGCCGCGGUGCCCUAUCUCUCCAACUGGACGUUUCUUGGCUUCAUCAUGAUACACGGAAUGGCUCCUAUGAUUGUGCAACACCUUUACACGGCGUGGAACGGCAAUUCUCUGGGGUUCUGGAAGGCCAUGGUGCUAUACAAUCUUUGCAUGGCUCUCACCGCAAUCAGAGGGCAGCACAUACUGCGUAACCUCGGCCAUCAGCUCGGAUUUUUUGACGGUGAAGAUUUUCGGCGUCAGAGUGUACCAGACACUGGCAUUCAAAGAGCCUUUGUCGGAAUCAAUGCCAUGCUGACUGGACGCAGCUCGCUCCUCGUGCUGCUUGCCUAUUCAAACUCACACGCUCCUGCGGAUGUAGCCUGGCAUUGGCUGCCCUUUAAGAUGGUCACUUAUACCAUGGUACUUGACACAUGGUUCUAUUGGUCGCAUCGCGCCAUGCACCAGAUUCCUUGUCUACGAAGGCAUCACAAAAGACACCACCAGGCUCACCAUCCCGAAUCGCUCUUGUCUGGGUUUGCCGAUUAUGAGCAGAUGAUGAUGGAGUUUGUGCUCUUCCCGGCCAUGUGCUACUACACAAUCAAUAACAUCGGGUUAUCAUUGAGCUUUUACGAAUGGUGGGUGUGCAAUCUUCAAGUUUUCCUUGCCGAGACAGGCGGACAUAGUGGUGUUAGGAUGCAUGCCUCGAUUCCCAGUAUUUUUGAUCCCAUUUUCCGCUUGUUAGGCUGCGACCAUUGUAUCGAGGAUCACGAUAUUCAUCAUCGAGCUGGAUGGAAAGAUAGUGGUAACUUUGGAUCUCAAACAGGAAUAUGGGACGCCCUGUGCGGAACACGCAAGGAGCGCAUUGAAGGCAAAAGCGGCAACAUAGAUUGGAACAAUCCGGUCAAAUGGCCUCUAGUGUAA